GCACCGACCCUGACCGAGCGGGAACCCUUCCCCUGGCUGUUUCUGUUUCCGGCGGACCGCUUACAAGGUCGCAACACCGGAAGUUUGCCUUGACGGCGAAAAAACGCAAGCACGACGGCAGCAUGUUCGCGGGGCUGCCGGAGCUCGGGAUCUCCAACGGCGAGGACCUGAAGGAGACGCUCACCAACUGCACCGAGCCGCUGAAAGCCAUCGACCAGUUUCAGAUGGAAAAUGGCAUCCUGCUGCCGACUCUCCAGUCCGCCCUGCCCUUCCUCGACCUCCACGGGACGCCUCGCCUGGAGUUCCACCAGUCCGUCUUUGACGAGCUGCGGGACAAGCUGAUGGAGCGGGUCGCCACCAUCGCCGAGGGCAAGGAGGAGGACAGAUACGGGAAGCUGGAAGAGCUGCUGGAGAAGAGCUUUCCACUUGUCAAAAUGCCAUCCAUUCAGCCAGUGGUUAUGCAGGUGCUGAAGCAUCUCCCCAAGGUGCCGGAGAAGAAGCUGAAGAUGGUCAUGGCCGACAAGGAGCUGUACAAGGUGUGUGCUGUGGAGGUGAAGAGGCAGAUCUGGCAGGACAACCAGGCUCUGUUCGGAGACGAGGUCUCGCCCCUCCUGAAGCAGUACAUCGUGGAAAAGGAAGCGGCGCUGUUCAGCAGCGACCUCUCCAUCCUGCACAAUUUUUUCAGCCCCUCCCCCAAAAUGCGGCGGCAAGGCGAGGUGGUCCUGAAGCUGACCCAGAUGAUCGGCAAGAACGUGAAGCUGUACGACAUGGUGCUGCAGUUCUUGCGAACGCUCUUCCUGCGAACGCGAAACGUCCACUACUGCACGCUGAGGGCGGAGCUGCUCAUGUCCCUUCACGACUUGGACAUCAGUGAGAUCUGCUCCGUCGACCCCUGCCACAAGUUCACUUGGUGCUUAGACGCAUGCAUCCGCGAAAAGUUUGUGGACGGCAAACGGGCCAGGGAGCUGCAGGGUUUCCUGGACGGAGUGAAGAAGGGGCAAGAGCAAGUCCUCGGGGACCUGUCCAUGAUCCUGUGCGACCCGUUCGCCUGCAACACCCUGGUGCUGAGUAUCAUGAGGAACCUGCAAGAGCUGCUGAGUCAAGAAUCUUUACCAAGGGACAGUUCUGACCUGAUGCUGCUGCUGAGGAUGCUCUCACUGGGCCAGGGAGCGUGGGACAUGAUUGACAGUCAGGUCUUCAAAGAGCCUCGCUUGGACUUGGAGGUGGUGACCCGCUUCCUGCCCGCCAUGAUGUCAGUGGUCGUUGAUGAUCACACCUUCACUGUGGAACAGAAGCUUCCCAGCGAGGAGAAGAGCUCGCAGUCGUACCCGACCGCCCUGCCAGACGCCUUCAACAGGUACCUGCAGGAGAACCGAGUGGCCUGUGAGAUGGGUCUCUACUAUGUGCUCCACAUCGCCAAACUGAGGAACAAGAACGCCUUACAGAGGUUACUGCCUGCCCUGGUGGAGACGUACAACGACAUGGCCUUCGGCGACAUCUUCCUGCACCUGCUCACCGGACACCUCACCCUGCUCUCGGAUGAGUUUGGCACAGAGGAGUUCUGCUCCGUUGUCUUCGAUGGCUUCCUCCUCACCUCUUUUUCCAGCAAAGAGAACGUCCACAGGCACACCCUUCGAAUGUUGCUGCACCUGCAGCACAAGGUGCUGCCGUCGUACACGGAAACCUUGAUGAAGACUCUCGAACCUCCGAAACAGUGCGGCGAGCCGGUGAAGGAGCUCUACACCCAGCUGAUGGAGAAGCUGGAGGCCCAGAAGAAGAGCCCUCCGCCGCCGGAGGAAGCCCCGUCCCUGGAUCUAGGGCUGCACCCGGUGAGCGUCCCCACCACCGCCUCCACGCCGACCACGCCUCUCUGAGACGGCGGCGGGAAAAGGGGAAAGAAGACGGUGACUGACUGUGAAUUCGGCCGCUAGAUUGGCUGGAGUACGAACCUUCUGAAAGACACUUCACAUCAUUUGUCUGUUGUCGAUUUCUGUUUUUUUAUGGAGGUUUAGUUUCUUUGGAUGUCUGUCUUUGGACGGUGUGGUCCAUUGUUUUUCCUUUACUUUUCUAAACUUUGUGCUCUUGCAUCGUUGUCCAAAGAUGUAAUUGGCCCUAUCAGUGGGUUGCAUUUGAACUGUGUGAGUAGUGCAAGAAACAUGUAAAUAAAUGAUUCUUAGAAAUACA